AUGGAUGUUCACCUUUAUGCCCCGGGUCUUUGUGCCUUGUUUCCACUCCCUCUCUUGUACCUGGGGAGCAGGGGCAGAGUCCUGGGACUCUGUAUUUCUAUAGUCCUCUCGUAUCCAGAAUGGCUGCAGAGUCACCGGGAAUCUCUGCCUCCAGAGCAAUUUGAAAAAUACCAGGAACAGCACAGUGUCAUGGGCAAAAUAUGUGAGCAAUUUGAGGCAGAGACUCCUACAGACAGUGAAGCCACACAAAAAGCUCGUUUUGAGAAGGUGCUUGAUCUUAUGCAGCAGCUACAGGAUUUGGGUCAUCCUCCAAAAGAACUGGCUGGGGAGAUGCCUCCUGGCCUCAACUUUGACCUGGAUGCCCUCAAUCUUUCGGGCCCACCAGGUGCCAAUGGCGAACAGUGUCUGAUCAUGUGAAACACAACACGUUUUCUUCCCUGAGUCCCAUCCAUGGGGAACAUCUGGAGUCAGCAGAACCAUUGGGAGCUGAGGCAGGAGUGUCGUCUGCGGGAGCGGUCUGCCCGCUGCCCUCUGUCAUCUCAUUCAAGAUUGUGCCAUACCAGCUGAGGCAUUUUCUCUGAUUCCUAGGAAUAGGGUCUGUUUCGCAGGCCUUUUCUGUGAGCCCUAUUCCAUUGUGGUUUCUGCCACGAUCACAGGCCGAAUGAAGGAAGGUCUCUCUUUUGGGGGGCACGUAUCUUCUUUCCUCUCCUGCAGUAAUGUUAUGAUAUGUGGCCACAUGGAUGUUCACCUUUAUGCCCCGGGUCUUUGUGCCUUGUUUCCACUCCCUCUCUUGUACCUGGGGAGCAGGGGCAGAGUCCUGGGACUCUGUAUUUCUAUAGUCCUCUCGGUAGGACCUUUGGGAAUGGAGAGAAGCAACCUGGACUGUGGCUACAGGUCUGUUACCAUACUCACCUUCAGACAAACCAUCCUGAAUUACCUAAAAAGAAAGGACUUUU